AUGUGGCUUAAACUUACCUUUAUGCUUGGUCUGAGCUGGCUGGUGCAGGGAUAUGUUGAUCGUAAGAACUACGUAACAUCAUCGGAGGAGAAGUUGAACUUACUGGCAAAAGAUAAGGAGCUCAUUAUCCAACUCAAUAGUUAUGCCAUGGAGCUGCAGGACAAGAUCGACGCACUGCGAGGCAUAGCUAAAGCUUUUAAAAAGCCCUUGGAAGAAGCAAAGAACAGAGAAGACGAGUAUCUGUCCAACCCCUUUAUGAGCUUAACCCUCAUCCGGCAGAUGCGCGAGGAUUGGGAGCCGCUGGAGAAGUUCAUGCAGAAGCCAGUGGGCCUAGAUAAAAUUGCGUCAAUCGAGGAACUUCGCAAGGACCUUCCAUUGCAGGACGAUCUGACGGAGGCCAGUCUGGCCAUGUUUCGCAUUAUCCAAACUUAUGGCUUGGAACCCAGGGAUGUGGCCAGAGGAUUGGUAGACGGAGUGCAGUACAGUGGCAGCUUAUCAGCUAGCGAUUGCUACGCCAUGGGAAAGGGCUCCUUCAAGAUGGGCAGCUACCUUUUAGCCUCCAAGUGGCUGCGAUUGGCCAAGAAGUUGUUGGCAGAGCAGCCCCGCAAAUACCAUGAGGUGAUCGGGGUCUCAGAUAUAGAUGUUACUUUGCUUCUUGCUCGCUCUCUAGUAGCAAGUGGCGAGGAAUCCAACGCACGCGACAUCCUGAUGAAGGAUUCCAGGUUCGGUGGAGCUGGCAAUGCGCUCGCUCUUCACUUCCUUAAGAAUCCUCAAGAAUCAACCCCUGACUUUGACUCCUCGGAAGCUGAAGAGUCCUUUAAUCACCUCUGCAGAUCCGUAAGUCGAAGACAGGCAAACGAAUCCACAAGCUCGAGGCUUCACUGCCGCUACAACACCACAACUUCGCCCUUCCUGAAGCUAGCCCCCUUCCGAAUGGAGGAACUCUCUCUGAACCCGUAUAUAGUGAUCUACCAUAGCGUUCUCAGCGACUCCGAGAUUGAGAGCCUGGAAAGCAAGAGUCGUCCAUUUUUAGAGCGGGCCAUGGUCUUCCAUGCGGAAAACGGAACGGAGAAGGUAGCCCCAUCUCGUACCGCCGAUAGUGUGUGGCUUCCUUAUCCGGAAGCGGAUCCCGAAGAUCAGAGGCUCUUGGACCGCAUUAGUCGGAAAACAGAGGACAUUACAGGUCUCAGGCUGCAGAGCGGAAGAGAAAUGCAGUUCCUGAAGUACGGCUUUGGGGGUCACUUUGUGCCACACCACGACUAUUUCUCUACCCCAUCUCCCUUUUUACAGAGGGCAGGCGAUCGCAUUGCCACUCUCAUUUUCUACCUGAACAAUGUGCAGCACGGUGGAGCCACAGCCUUUCCCCAAUUAAACUUGGUCGUGCCAACUCAAAAGGGAUCUGCAUUAUUUUGGCACAACCUGGAUGGAGAGACGUACGACUUUGACCAGCGCACCUUUCAUGGCGCAUGUCCUCUGAUAUCUGGCCACAAGAUAGUAAUGACCCGAUGGAUCCAUGAGCUGGAUCAAAUGUUUCUUCUUCCCGCAAUGCUGCCGCCACGCAAUCGUAACUUUAGCCGCACAUUUUCUUAUUAA